AUGGCAGGCAAGCGGCUGCUCGACGCUGCCAAACUGUUCAGUGCCGGCCGCGCGGUAACAAAGCAGCAUUUAGUUCUGCGCAAAGAACAAUGGGACCUCUACACCCGCACCUCGGGCCUCGCGCGCGCAGUCAAGAACCAGACCGACCGAUUCACUGUCACGGUGGGUGCUGCCGUGGAGCUGGCCAAGAGAUUCAAUGAGACGGCGCCGAGCUGGGAGCAAGGCCGAGAUGAGGUGCAAAGAGGCGCAGAGGGGGUGAAGAGGAGGGCCGAACAGAGCGUCCAAAAGGCGACACUUGAGGCAGAGAACCUGGCAAAAGAUAUCGGAAAUGUAGCAGAGAAUGCUGGUUUUGGGGACGUGGCUACUUCCCAAGCAAGUGCUGCAGGCCAGAGUGCCGAUGAUGGCACCUUGGCUUCGUUGAGGAAGCGAGAGCAGCAACGGCAGUCGGAGGCUCAAAUUCCCUCUCAAGCCGCAGAUACGCAACCGGGGCAGACUUUCGGUCAGGAUACAUUCAAUGAGCGCUCCCAAAGAAUAGCGCCGGAGCUCUCCUCGUUGCCGCGCAAGAAACUGCCCCUUCAUGCUGAAGAUCCUCCGUCCAUGCUCCAUGCCAGUGGAACUCCUGCCUUGAAUCCAGAUACCUUCCCAUCCCCCGGAAUCCCGAACAAGAGUGGUGAGGAGAACUUACCUGACGGCGUGAACAUAAAUGCCUUCCACAGUCCCCGGAUCUCUCGGAUGCUGGGCCAAGCCGGGUCGGACAUCAAGAACCCUUACGCUAAACGAGAAAAGCUCCCUCCCAAACCUUUGCCAGAGAUGGUCGAGGCGGCUGAGCGACGGAAACAGCAGCAUAAUCGCCUGAGUAUGGAACAGCCCGCUGCUGCAGAAUGUGAAACUGCGGGAGAAUCGCAUACCCCAGUCGCGGCGGACGCAGAGACGCGGGAUCUGGCCGCAUCCAUCUCACAAGGCACGCAGCCGCAACCGGAGUUCGAGCCUAAGCCAUACGAGAUGCACGAGUCGAGAGUCCCAGCCACUCGGUUUGGUCGUCUCUGGCAGUACGGGGGCCUUGCCACAAGUAUGGCUUUCGGUGCCGUCGGUGAGGGGUUCAGGCGAUUCGCCGGUGGCUCCAGCACUGGCAGUUUGAUGCUCAGCGAAGGCAACAUGAACCGCUUGGUUGCAAAACUAAGCCGCAUGAGAGGCGCAGCUUUGAAGCUGGGCCAGAUGAUGAGCUUCCAGGAUUCAAAGAUAUUGCCUUCCACCAUCAACACCGUCCUUCAGCGAGUACAAGACAGUGCUGAUUAUAUGCCAGCCUCACAGCGAGACAAGGUAUUGGCGAGGAACCUGGGAAAUGAAUGGAGAGGGCUCUUCUCAACCUUCGAAGAGAAGCCUUUCGCAGCUGCUUCCAUCGGGCAAGUCCACAAGGCUACCCUCAAGUCCAACGGCAACGAAGUUGCAGUCAAAGUCCAAUAUCCCGGCGUCCGCAAUAGCAUUGACUCCGACUUGAACAACCUCUCUCUGCUCCUCACAGCCAGCCAACUUCUGCCUCGAGGACUCUUCCUGGACAAGACCAUUGCCAACGCGAGAACUGAGCUGGGCUGGGAAUGUGACUACGAGCGCGAGGCCAAGGCAUGCAUACGAUUCAAGGAGGAGCUUCUCGUAGACGAGCCAGAUACAUUCACUGUACCCACCGUCUACACUGAAGCUUCUGGGGCAGACGUGCUCACUGCCGAAUUCAUGCACGGAAGUGCAGUCACCAAGAUCAAGGAUCUAGCACAAGAUGAACGGGACUGGAUCGGAACGCAGAUUCUUCGACUCUGUCUGCGCGAACUGAUGGAAUGGCGUUUCAUGCAGACCGACCCGAAUUGGACCAACUUCCUCUACAACCGUGACAGCAAGAAGCUGGAAUUGCUGGAUUUCGGCGCCUCUCGAGAGUUUCCUGACGAGUUUGUGGAACCUUAUGUCUCGUUGCUCAUUGCAGCCUCGAGGCACGAUCGAGAAGCUUGUCGGGAUCUUUCGAUACAGCUUGGCUAUUUGACGGGUCAGGAAAGCAAAGAUAUGCUGAAGGCGCAUGUGGAUUCCAUAUUGACGUUGGCCGAGCCGUUCGUCGAAAGCGCGCCGGAAGUGUAUGACUUUGAGGAGCAAACCAUCACAGACCGCGUGAGGUCUAACAUUGGCCUCAUGUUGAAAGAGAGACUCGCUCCGCCGCCUGAAGAAACCUAUUCGCUGCAUCGCAAGCUCAGCGGAGCGUUUCUGCUCUGCGCGAGGCUGAAGAGCAAAGUGCCAGCGAGAGAAAUGUUCGCCAGUGCUGUGAAGGUGUGGAAUGGGCGGGAGAAAAGCGUGAAACUGUGA